CAUCAAUCGUCGAGAUUUAAAGAUCGCAAAAUGUCGCUUCGACAACUUUCACUUCGCCCUGAUUAUAUCCGAGUGGCCUCCUUUGUGUUCAGGACGUCGAAUACCUCAGGAUGCGGCAUUCGAUACUCGAGCACGGCCCCGGCUACAAUUGUCGAUAGGUCAUUCUGGCGAAACUUGGUACCGAAGCCACUGAGAAAGGAAAAUCGCCAGUUAAGGAAGAAGUCCAAGGAAUGGAAUCCCGCGACAUUCUUUAUUGCCAUAUUUCUUCUUAUCGGGUCCAUGUCGAUUCAAAUGAUUACUUUACGAAAUUCCUUUGAUCGAUACAUGCGACAGUCAGAGGCUCGAAUUGCAUCCUUGCGGGAAGUCGUCGAGAAAAUCCAACGAGGCGAGCCGGUUGACGUUGAGGGGGCACUUGGAACUGGCGAUCCUGCAAAGGAAGCCGAUUGGGAAGAGAUGUUGAAGGCGAUUGAACGUGACGAAGCAAUUCGCAAGUCGAAACGAGAGAAGCCAGAGCGAAGUGAGCCCGCAAGCACAACCUCAUCAACCUCAACCCAGAAUGUAGAGUCUGUUAAGGCUGCACCGACAAACGCAAAACCCGGGAGUCUUGGUAAUUUCAUUUAGACGUAUGAAUCUAUCCUCAGGAUUGG